AUGCUAUAUAAAAUGGAUCAUAGUUUCUGUAGACUUAAAGAUCUAGAUGAAAUAGCAUUUUGGAUCCGACCAAGAGUGAAUAAAACUGGGAAAACAGUGGUUGCUCUUCAAUUCGCUCCAGAUGAUGUUAAGUUUGCCCCUACGAUAGAAUACCAAAUUAAAAAGAGACUUAUUGGACACUGUGGAGGGUUUGAUCCUAGUCAAUCUUUUAGUGGGGGGGUACAGCUAGAAAUUGUUGUAUUGAGUGACUUGUUGAGUCCACCAUGCUGCAUAGAUAUACUUGGUGUAAAGAAGUGUUCUGCUAAUAUUCUUGUACACUUUGGGCACUCAUGCUUACAAGGUAUAAAUCAGUUUGAUAUACCUAUAAUGCUUGUUUUCCCAAAUGAAACUAAUAAUUUAUGCUGCGCUAUGGUUCUUGAAAAGUUGGGAGAUUUAAUAAGAAGUCAACUAAAUAAAGUAAAUUGUGAUGCAAUGCAUAAUAUAAUCAUUUCAUAUGACCUAGGUUUACAUAAUAUUUUCUUCCCUGAUGAUACACAGGAACUAUCUGAAGCUUUCGCUUUUUUGGAAGAGUUCCUAAAACUCCAGCUUUCUUCGACUAAUAUUUCUUUAUAUUUACUAGUUGCUCCUAAAACCCUCAAUUAUGGCACUAAUAUUUCACAUGUGAAUAUUUUUGGAAGGAAGAUAAGAUCUACUUCUUUUUCAGAGGAGUCUAUUGAUAAUAUUUAUGAUCUACUCCAAUCAGGUAAUACAAAAGAACAAAUGAAUCAUAAAAUAUAUCUAUUUCACUUGUAUUUAAAAAGUGCACUUAACGGAAACGGUUUCUUAGAAAGAUUUUCAGUUACUUAUGGCAGUUGCUGUUCUAUAUAUCCAUGUACUAUAAGUGAUGAUAACAUUAAUAUUGAUAAACUUAGAGAGGAUGAACUAGGAAGGUUAAUUUUGAAGCGUUUCAAUAUGAUAGAAAGUGCUAAGUUAAUGUCAAGUAGAGUUGGCUUAAUUGUAACUCCAAAUAUGAGUUCAAAUACUUGGAGAAUGUUAAAGAAAUAUAAGUCAAUACAAACAAGAAGGGAUAAACACUAUAUAAAUACAGAUACUAUCGAAUAUCUUGUCAUUGCAAUGUCUGGAAUAAAUGAAGUCAAACUUGGAAAUUUUCCAAGAAUUCAGGUAUUUUGUUAUAUUGGAUGUUUAGAAUACUUCUUUUCUUGUAUACUUAAAGAGCACGACAUUCGUUACCCCAUUAUUUUGACAUGCUUUGAAUAUGAAAUAUAUUUAGGAAUACGAGAAUGGUCAACAGUAUAUUUGGAUAUAGAUGAGAUGAUUUGUAAUGGGUACUACACACAAUUUCCUGAUACCUUGUGUAAGUUCACUACUGAGAUAGUGGAUAAACCCAAUGGUAGCUUGGCAAAUAGCAAUAUUUUGGAGAAGAUGGAUCCGGCUACAAAGUUGUUAUAUAGUACUUUAGUCUCUAAACGUUUAGAAAAUGGCUCAUUUUAUGGUUUAGACCCAAGCGAUGGGAUUGAUGUAAUCCCCAGAAUAUUGGUUGGUCAUAGUGGAAUUGCCUCCAUGUAUGCUCAAGAGUUGAAUAGUUUGUGA